GCCCCAGCGUGCCGUAGACACAGGGGUCUCAAACUGGCCGCCCGACGGCCGGAUUCGGCCUGCAGAGGCGUCUUGGUUGGGCCGUCCUGUGUUUUAAGAUGUUUUUGAGUGAGUCGCUUGCGUCAAGUCGCAACGCUUUACCCCCAUAUCCGGUUUUCUGGAUUCUUGGGGAGAAAAAAAAGAGCCUGAUAAUGCUUGGCCACGUUUUCGCGUGGCAGCGGUCUGGAGUUCUCAGUGCCCUUCUGCCAGCCGCACUCAUUUCCGUUAUUCUCUGGUUCCUGGGGGCGUCGAGCAGCCUCAGGCUGCUGGGGUGGGGGCGUGGGGAGGGCCAGUGCCUGCAGCACGGCGUCCGGGGCUCCGGGAAGUCUCGCCUUCUCGCGUGAAGUGCAGCUGUGCAGGGUCCCUGGGGACGGGUCUCAGGAUGCAGGGGCCCCCAUUCUUGGGGCGGGAGGGGUUGGAGACAGUGUAGACUUAGAAUCCCAGUGCUCUGUGAUGUUUCCUGUACCCAGAGGAGCGACGGGCACUUGGGAGCACUCUCUGCGGGGCGUUUUGUCCCUCAUGAGUAAUUUCCUCGUGUCCAGUCGCCACGGUUGCUGUGACUGUCAUGCCAUCUUCCUGUACCUCCCAGAGGAGGUGUGUUUGACUCAGAGUCUAGUAGUUGUCCUAAGACAUCCAGCUAGUGAUUGCUGGGGUGGAGGUUUGAUCCUUGGUGUGUGAUUCUCUGAGGUCUGCCCCUCUGCCUGUUGGAGCGUGAAUAGGGGGUUUGGUGGCAUAUUUGAUGGGAGGUGUGUGUGGAGAAGGUGAGGAGCUGUUCUCCGCGGAAGGGCGCCCUCUGUAGGCCGACAGUGGGAGUGAGGGGCUGUCUGACUUAGGCCGAGACUCAAAGAUGGGGUGCACACACUGUACCAGUGUCCUGGGAAGUCAGUUCUGCUUUUCUCUCCUGGUAUAAAUUGGUGGUGGUGGUGGGGUAUAUAAGACUAGACAGGGUUUCUACUUCUUUUUGUUCUACUCUACUGGUAUCCAUUGGGUGCCUGUUUUGUGUAAAACUCUAUUCUAGGACCUUAUCACCCAAGUUGUCCUGAGCCAAUUCUCUCUUAAUCCCAUCCCCCGUUGGGAAUAUUUCCUGAUGUUUCCUUGUCUUUAAGAUGGUGUCCAAAGUACUCAGCAUUGCAUAAAAGACCCUUGAAGAGUAGGCCCCAGCCCACUUUUCUUUUUUCUUAUUUUUUAAAAAUUGUGGUAAAAUAUACAUAACAUAAAAUUUACCAUUUUAACCAUUUUUAGGUAUACAGUUCAGUGGUAUUGAGUACAUUCACAUUGUUGUGCAACUGUUCAUCACCCUUCGUCUCCAGAACUGCAGCUUCCUAAACUGAGACUCUGUCCCAGAUGUCCAGGGUGCUGCAGAAGGACGUGAAGCAGGAGUCACAGAUGCGAGCAGAGAUCCAGGGCAUGAAGCAGGAGCUCUCCACCGUCAGCAUGAUGGACGAGUUUGCCAGAUACGCCAGGCUGGAGAGGAAGAUCAACAAGAUGACUGAUAAGCUCAAGACUCACGUGAAAGCACGGACAGCUCAGUUGGCCAAGAUAAAAUGGGUUAUAAGUGUUGCUUUCUACAUAUUGCAAGCUGCCCUGAUGGUCACACUCAUCUGGACGUACUACUCUGUCCCUGUGGCCGUGGUGCCGAGUAGGUGGAUAACUCCACUAGAUCGCCUGGUAGCAUUUCCCACUGGAGUGGCAGGGCUUGCAGCAAAGGAGCUGACGUCUAGAGAACUUACGUGUCCAGUGUCACCGAAAUGUGAAGUAGCAGGGCUACAGUUCAACCCAAGCCUGCCUCUGUGAUCCAAGCCCAAUACCUGGGGUCUGAUACCCCGUUUAUUGAAACAUCACCUCUGGUUCCCAAAUUCUGUGACUCCUUUUCAAUUCACGCUAUGCUUAGCCCCUCUUAGCAUUGCCUGCUAUUGGCCAUUCUUUGACUUCUGAAAGAAUUUCUUUUGGGUGUUAAAAUUAGUACAUGUCAUCGUAGAAUGAUUAGAAAUAUAAGAAAAAACUUUUAAAAAGACUCUGUAGCUGUGGAGAACCGCUCUUAACAUUGUAGUAUAUUUUUUCCAGUCUUCUAUUUAUUUUUGUAUGGUUAAGGUUAUCUGGCACAUACAAUUUUUUACCCCUCUUAUUAUGUAAGCCUUUUUCCACAUCAGUAAAUUUCUUCAGAGUAGAGACGGACAUGCUGCUGGCUGUGCUGAGAGGGCAGCUUAAUAAAUUUCUUUAUUAAGGAAUUUUGAAUAGCUGUUCUUCAUUUGGAUGUGUCAUAAUUUACUAAUUUCCCUGUUAAAGGAUAUUUAUUUAAGUCCCCAGUUUUUGCUGUAGAGAUGAUGCUGCAGUACACAUCCUGGUCAGCCAGUCUUUGGUUGUGAUUUGUGAUCAUGCUGGAGGUGAAUUGCUAAGUCAAAGGGAUGACCGUGUCAAAGAUUUCCAAUUUAGCCAGGCCCCUUCCUUCCCCUCCCCCUCCCUCUUCCCGGACCCAGCCAGGAUUGUUGUAGCUGGUGGCUCUCAGUGUUGCUGAGCCGAGGAGCCAGAGGCCACCCUUCCGGGCAUCUUGUGGCCUCUCUUCCUGUCUCUCAGCAUCAGUGGGGCAAGAAAGGUAUGGGUAAACAUUCCUUCGUGCUUGUAAUGCUUUGGUGGGAAGGGAAAAACAGAUCAUCUGACAGGGUGGUCUUACAGUCUAUUAAUAUCAUAAAUAAUGAUGCACAUCCCUCUGGCAGGAAAGAUAAAUUCAAAUCAUUGUUUGUUGUUUUGAGUAGUUCCUGCUUAGUAAAGAAGGCAGCUCUGUGAAUCAGUAGAAAGGCUGUGGGCUUCCCUGGGGGCGCAGUGGUUAAGAAUCUGCCUGCCAAUGCAGGGGACACGGGUUCGAGCCCUGG